UAAACGCAUGGCUGUCAUUUUGUGAGACAAAAUGUCUAUAACAACUUGCCAGAAGGUUACUCUUAUAUCAUGCUCUGUUCUCUGUGUUUCUCUCUUCCUGCCCAGAAUGCUUUUACCCAAAGGGAAAAAGGAGAUGGGUCGGCCUGAGGUGGGACCCGGGUUCUACCCUCCUCUGAUACAUCAGCUGUCAGUGCCAGAGGACCCAGAGCAGUGGAAUGUGGACCCUUCGUACUCCAUGACACACAGUGUUGAAGCUAUGGCCAAAGUAAAAGGCAUCGGACGAGGCAAAAAAUACAACCUGAUGGCCCAAGUGAUACCCAUAUACGGCUUUGGAAUACUUCUUUACAUCUUCUACAUAAUCUAUAAGCUGACAUGUAGGGGAAAGGCAAAUAAAUCAGGACCCUACACGACAGUAACCAAGGCAAAGAUGGAGAAUAAGAUUCCACCCGAUUAUGAGCUUAUCAGGCUUCAGGAGAGGCUUCUGCGAACAGAGGAGAUGAUGGAGAGGAUUGUCUCUGGGAAGAGUCGUGGUUCUGGGAGUGGAGGAGGACGGAGGAGGAAGAGUAAAUCUUCAACAUCAAAGAAGGAGGAGAAAUUACUGAGGCAACUUAGACAGAUCACGAUGCUGAUGCAAGAGGGCCGGCUAGAGGCAGCUUCCCCAGAGAUAGAGGCUGAGGAGGUCCCCUACUGUGAAGACUGGGAAGGCUACCCAGAGGAGACCUACCCAGAGUAUGAUGAGCCCUGUAGAAGACGUGGUUUUAAUAUCUUUACUCUGGAGGAACCCCCCCAUCAGCCCACCGCCGAGGCCCUGGCAGAGAGGAUGUUGCAAGAGGAGGAAGAGCUUACAGCAAGGAAACUAUCCAUAGUGGAAGAGGUGGAUGAAGAGGCAGAAGAAGAGGGGGAGAAAGAAGAGGAAGAAGUAGAGGAAGCAGAGGAAGAGAUGGAGGAGGAGGAGGAGGAGGACGAGGAGGAUGACGAGGAGGAGGAUGAGGAGGAGGAAGAAGCUGAAGCAGAGAAAAGGUUGCUGCUCAGUCUUCCUUCAUCCCAGCCUGCUGCGGAGAGAAAGCAGGAGAGACUUGGUCUGGAGGUGAGCAAAGAGCUGCAGUGUCUCAGCGGAGGGAGGAAGCAGAUCAGCUUCAGUGAGCACAAAGAUGUGUUCCACUACCCUAAAGAGGGUACAUAUGAAGAGGAGGAGGAAGAGAAGGAAGAUGAAGUGGAGGAAGAGGAUGAGGGGACAGAGGUGGAGGAGGAUGAGGGGACAGAAGUGGAAGAGGAGGAGGAAGCUGAUGAGGAUGAUCCAGUGAUGGAAGCAGAGAGCCUGCUGUUCAGUAGUGAGGGUUGUCCCAACCCAGAGGAGGAAGCUGAGAAGGAUGAAGAAGAGUAUAUGUUAGAGCCUGUUGAGGGUGGUGAUGCUAUCCAGGCAGACAUGCCUAAAGAGGUCGGUACCAGUGGGCUGAGGAUGCGGAACAGGAGGGAGACAUAAAGGACUUUUCCUUUAUUAAAAAUGAUUUUUUAAACAUGCAGUGAACUCAGUGUUACUCAGAUUGUACUUUGUUUAUUGAUGAUCCCUUAUAUGUGUAAAAUAUAGAACACAAGCUAAAUAGAUACAUGUAAUGCUGCUCUGAAGUCAUACUUUUAUAUGACAAAAGUCUCCUUUCGCACCAUUAAAGGAAUACUUCACCCACAAUUUGUGUAUCAGUUAUUCACUGCUUGUCGCCUUGACGUCAUGAAGAAAACUUUUCUUUU